AUGCUUGACCAGUGAUUUGAUUGAGGAACAGAGAAAGGUUCAAGAAGCUGAGUUAGUGAUUUUUCAGUUUCCCUUUUAUUGGUUCAGCAUGCCUGCCAUCAUGAAGGGCUGGAUGGACAGAGUCUUGGUCCAAGGAUUUGCUCACAACUUCCCACAGGGUUAUGAUGAUGGCUUGUUCAAGAUCCAGGAGUAUUGUAUUUUUGUAAACCCUAAGCUCUUGGAGGCUACAAAGAUGUCGCUGGAAGAUAUUCACAUGAACACGCAGGACUUGCUGCAGAAGGAAGAACUAGAUGCUGGAGGAUUUGGAAUGGUUUCUUUAUGUUAUCACAAGAAAUAUGGGCUUGUGGUAUUAAAAACAGUAUAUACGGGACCCCAGCGCACAGAAUAUAAUGCUUCCCUUCUUGAAGAAGGCAAGAUUAUGCGCAAACUAAGUCACGAUCGGGUGGUGAAAUUACUAGGCAUCAUUCUGGAAGAUGGGAACUACUCUCUGGUGAUGGAGUAUGUGCACAAGGGAAACUUGAUGAAAGUACUAAAAACAUCCACUAUUCCCUUGUCUGUGAAAGGGCGGUUCAUCUUGGAGAUCAUUGAAGGAAUGCUUUAUUUAAAUGAGCAGAGUUUGGUACACAAAGACUUGAAACCUGAAAACAUCCUUGUAGACGAUGACUUUCACAUUAAGAUUGCAGAUCUUGGCGUCGCCUGCUUUAAAAACUGGAGUAGACUGACCAAAGAAGAGACCAGCCGGCAGAGGAAAAUCAAGAGCAAUUCCAAGAGCGCAUCCAGGAGCGCCGCUGGCACUCUUUUCUAUAUGGCCCCGGAGCACUUACUCUCAGUUAACACAAAACCUGUGGAGAAGUCAGAUGUUUACAGUUUUGGCAUAGUGCUCUGGGCAAUUUUUGCCAACAAAGAGCCAUAUGAAAAUGCUAUAAAUGAAACACACAUUUGCUUUGGCAUCAUGAAUGGGAACAGGCCAAAUACAGAUGAUAUUAAAGACAGUUGUCCAAAGGAAAUUAUCGACUUAAUGAAGUACUGUUGGCAACAAGAGCCAGAAAAUCGGCCGACCUUUUCAGAAAUUAGUCAGAAAUAUAAGCCAUUUUACUGUGAGCAACUAGAAAAAGAUGUUGAAGAUGACUUGAGAAAGAUAAAGAAAGUGUACCCUGGGCCAACUGAACUUGUGAAAAGGAUGCAGUCCCUUCAGAUAGACUCUGUCGCAGAAUCUCCAAAUAACGGACAUGCACAAACAGAUCAGCCCAAUUCCCUACAUAGCUCUCAGGGUCUCAUGACUGGCAAUGUGGAUGAAGCCAUGUUUGCUCCCUUUCCGGCAAACCAGCCUGUCGAGAGCUGUGAGACCUCCUUUGAGGCCUCUAUGGGCCUAGAAAGAAAACUGCAGGAUGAAUUAAAUUAUCAUAAGUAUGGCAGUCGGAUGGAUAAUUCAGAAAGCCAACCUGUGAUAUACAGUGCUGAAAAGAGAGAGGAGGAAAGAAGACGAAGGGUGUCCUUUGAUCCAUUUGCAACUCCACCUGCUGCUCCACAGAUGUGUGAAUCGUAUCUGCAAGCUGAAAGCACAAGGUCAAAAGCCAGUCCCUAUAGUAACAUGACCAAUUACAGUCAUUUACAACAACCACCACCACCAGCUGCAGCAACUCCAAUAUGGGAAAAUGUACCAUACAAUCCAAAUAUUAUGCAUGGGACAAGGCCUCUAGAUCCGAUAAUAGGCUGUCCAGAGGAUCUCUAUGGAUCAAAUUCAGCCAAUACAUUUAGUCUGAAUAAACCCCCUGUGCCUGAAUCUGGCCUAGACCAGCAUCCACAAGCAUCCACACCUUUGUUUCCAAAGAGCCCGAAUACAGAGACAGGCAAAAUGGAAUCCAAUCCUUUUAAGAAGGGGAAUUUUGCAUAUACGCCUACUACAUCUGUACAACACAAAAUGAGCACAGAUGAACCUGCAAAAUACACCAUAUAUAACAGUACCGGAAUUCAAAUUGGAGCCUACAAUCACAUGGAGAUUGAAGAACAGAAUCUAUAUGUAAGCAGUGUUCCGGUCAACACGCAAAACACUUAUGCACAUUAUGAAAACAUCGGUAUAUUUGGUAGCACCUCUAUCCUCUCUGAAAAACAGCUGAAUCUAGUGAGAGAGAACUUGGCUAAACAGUGGAAACACUGUGCUCGUAAACUGGGCUUUAGUGAGCCACAGAUUGAUGAAAUUGACCAUGACUACGAACGAGAUGGACUCAAAGAAAAAGUUUACCAAAUGCUGCAGAAAUGGGUUAUGAGUGAAGGCUACAAAGGGCCUACAAUAGGAAAGCUGGCCAGAGCCCUCUAUGACUGCAAAAGAAUAGAUCUCCUUAAUGAUUUGAUAAAAAUGAACCAGGAGUAGGCGAACUGGAAACUUGGUGGAAAUGGCUGUGAUAUUUUCUCUGAAGAUCCUCCUACUGACAACAUGAAACAAUCUUGUAAAAGUGCUGCAUGAGACGCCUGUCUAGAAUAUGCACAUAUUUCUGUCAAGCAGUAUACAGUAUCCUGUAGCUCAAAGCAUUUAAUUUUUGAAAAGACAGGACAACUAUUAAAAGCCUGUCCUCGGGGGGGGAAAAAAGAAGCUCUUCCUUUUACAGUGAAGAUAAUAGGUUAUCUAAUAAACUUUGUCCAAGGACAAAAAAAUCUAAAACAAAAUCUGAAUUAUGUAUGAUAUGAGACAUAACAUGGAAGGGAAGGGAUUGGCGGGGGGAGGGGGGGGCGGAUUUGGAUCUAAUUUUUCCACAGAACUUUUGGACGGCUAUCUCGAAGCAUGCACGAAGCUGUUUUUAAAGUGCCUUCAUUUCUCCCUAAAAGAAGCAUGGCAUUUACGCAAAACUCACAUCAAUGAGAGUGUAUCAUGGAUUUUGUCACACCACUUUUAAGCCCUGGAUUGAAAACAAAACCAAACCCCUCAACUCUUCUAAGCACAGCCAAUAUCCACAGGAGAUUGUCAUAACUCAGACUGCCUUAUAUAGAUUCAUCACCUUAUUUUUUUAAAUGCCCUUUUUAUAACUUUAAUAAAAUAUAAAUUGUAUAAUAAAAAUACAGAAGUAUAAAAAGAUACAAAGUAUUGGUGUAAGAGCAAUAAUGAUUAUCAAGUAUAGAAACCACUGUGUAA